UACGGCGUAAACAUGGCGGCGUCGUUGGUGCGAUUUGUCCGGGGAGGUCUUGGAAGGAGUUAUAACUUUGCAAAUCAGAGUGCAUGUCUUCUCCAGCAGCAGACGAGGUCAGCGGCCACCACCGCUGAAAACAGACCCACAGUCCGCCCCAAAGAUGCUGUCACUCACAACCAGCUGGCGGCGUUCGGGGAGUAUGUGGCUGAGAUACUGCCCAAAUAUGUCCAGCAGGUCCAGGUGACAUGUUAUAAUGAGCUGGAGGUGAUGAUCCACCCUGAUGGGGUGAUUCCAGUGCUGACCUUCCUGAGGGACCACACCAGUGGCCAGUUCCGCAACAUGAUCGACCUCACUGCUGUCGACAUCCCUAGCCGGCAGAACCGCUUCGAGAUUGUGUACAACCUGCUGUCGCUACGUUAUAAUUCACGGAUCCGUGUCAAGACGUACACAGACGAACUGACACCGGUGGACUCUUCCGUUCCAGUUCACCAGGCCGCCAACUGGUAUGAGAGAGAGGUGUGGGAUAUGUAUGGUGUAUUCUUUGCUAACCACCCUGACCUGCGGCGCAUUUUGACGGAUUAUGGUUUUGAGGGUCACCCCUUCAGGAAGGACUUCCCUCUCUCGGGAUAUGUUGAGGUGCGUUACGAUGACGAGGUGAAACGUGUGGUGGCUGAACCUGUGGAGCUCUCGCAGGAGUUCAGGAAGUUUGAUCUCAGCACUCCCUGGGAAGUGUUCCCUGCCUACCGAGAGCCUAAGGAUGCUACGCCAAAACUGGAGGGUGGUGACAAGGUGCCGGAGACAAAGUGAUCUUCCCUCUGUUGCUGCAAAUAAGAGUCCCACCGCCACGUUACCUUCUGUGUAUCUGUAUUGGUUAGGAACUCGCACCCCUUCCAGAUAGCCUUCUGAGAUAUUUAUGUAAAUAAGAAUCAAAAUAAAAGAGUUCUUAACUGAUGAUGGCAGUGUUAUGGUUCUUGUCGAGAGUGAAUUGGGUUAGAUGGGGGGGCUUGUAUAUUUAGCAGGGCUUGUAGGAUCUAAUUUGACUAACUCCAAUUAAUAUUAUGCAUUGUUUGUUAGUUUCACCAAAUAUGAAUAAAAGUUAUU